AUGGAUCAGUGCUGGUACCACGGCAACAUCACGCGCUCCAGGGCCGAGGACCUGCUCUCCAAAGUCGGCAAGGAUGGCAGCUUCCUCGUGCGGGCCAGCGAGUCGAUCCCCUCGGCGUACGCGCUCUGCGUGCUCUUCCGGAAUUGUGUUUACACCUACCGGAUUCUGCCUGAUAAAGAAAAUAAGCUAAUUGUUCAGGCAUCGGAGGGCGUUCCCGUGAAGUAUUUUGAGAACUUGGAGGAGCUGAUUGACUUUUACAAGCAGGAGAACAUGGGCCUGGUGUGGCACCUCAAAUACGCGGUGCCGCGGGAAGAGGAGGAAGCAGCAGACGAACCAGAAGAGGAUGCUGACCUGGUCCCCACGCCGCCGAUCCUGCCCCCCCGCAAUAUCCUCAUGGCCUUGCCAAGCAGUGACGUGAAGGAGGUGCCUUCUCUCCCCGAAACCUCCCGCGUGGCCGACGCCAGCAAGCUGUCCCUUCCCGAGACACUACUCCAGCGGCUGCAGCAUCAGGACACAAGCGGCGUCUCUGAUGAGCAUCUUAAACUCAUCCAGGACUACCUGCGAGUUCAUAUCACCAGUGAUCUUGAGAUGGUGCAGACUGGCUCAAGCAAUCUUCCACAACUGAAGAAACUACUUACGCUUCUUUGCAAAGGGCUCUUCAGUGAAGCCUCUCGGACUCUCCCGUCCCUGGAGUCCAUCCAGAAGGUGUUUGAACAGCAGCUGCACCCUGGACUCCACCAGCGCUCGCAAAUGCUUGGUGAAGCUACUCCAGUCAAUAUUGUACUGAAACUCAAUCAGCUGAUUUCUUUGCUGUCCUCCAUUGAAGAAAAGGUGAAAACGCUGUUGAUUGAAGGCCCCGAUUCAACACACCGGCGCUCCCUCAUCCCCCCCGUCACCUUUGAGGUGAAAGCAGAUUCCCUAGGAAUUUUCUCCAAAAUACACCUCAAAGUUGAUGUGGAAAUGGGAAAGCUGAUUAUUAAGAGAGCUAAGGAUGGUCCAGAAGACAAGUUUUAUACUCACAAGAAAAUCUUGCAGCUUAUCAAGUCCCAGAAGGUCCCUAACAAACUGGUGAUUGUGCUGGAAACAGAAAAAGAAAAGACACAGCGGAAGGAAUAUGUUUUUUCAGAUUCCAAGAAGAGAGAAGGGUUCUGCCAACUUCUGCAGCAGAUGAAGAAUAAACACUCUGAGCAGCCAGAGCCUGAUAUGAUCACCAUCUUCAUCGGGACCUGGAAUAUGGGUGCUGCGCCUCCCCCAAAGAAGAUCACCUCCUGGUUUCUUUCCAAGGGGCAGGGGAAGACGCGGGAUGACACUGCUGACUACAUUCCCCACGACAUCUACGUCAUCGGCACGCAGGAGGAUCCCCAGGGCGAGAAGGAGUGGCUGGAGACCCUGCGGCAGUCCCUGCAGGAAAUCACCAGCAUCAGCUUCAAAGUGAUAGCAAUCCACACCCUCUGGAACAUCAGGAUCGUUGUGCUGGCCAAGCCCGAGCACGAGAACCGCAUCAGCCACAUCUGCACCGACAACGUGAAGACGGGCAUCGCAAACACCCUAGGUAAUAAAGGAGCUGUGGGGGUGUCAUUCAUGUUCAAUGGAACAUCCUUGGGUUUUGUUAACAGCCAUUUGACAUCAGGAAGCGAAAAGAAACACAGACGCAACCAGAACUACACGAACAUCCUGCGCUUCCUGACGCUGGGAGAUAAGAAACUGAGUCCGUUUAACAUCACUCAUCGCUUUACUCAUCUUUUCUGGCUGGGAGACUUGAACUAUCGCGUGGAACAGCCGCCAACGGAAGCAGAGAAUAUUAUCCAGAAGAUCAGGCAGCAACAGUAUCCGGAGUUGCUGGCUUUCGACCAGCUUCUCCUAGAGAGGAAGGACCACAAGGUGUUUCUGCAGUUCGAGGAAGAAGAGAUAACUUUUGCUCCAACUUACCGCUUUGAAAGAGGUACCCGGGAGAAGUACGCGUACACCAAGCAGAAAGCCACAGGGAUGAAGUACAAUUUGCCAUCCUGGUGUGAUCGAGUGCUCUGGAAAUCAUACCCCAUGGUGCACGUUGUGUGUCAGUCCUAUGGCUGCACCACGGACAUCAUGACCAGCGACCACAGCCCCGUGUUUGCCACCUUCGAAGUCGGGGUCACCUCGCAGUUCGUUUCCAAGAACGACCUGAAGUACACGGACUCCCAAGGGGAGAUAGAGUUCCUGCACUGCUAUGCCACCCUGAAGACCAAGUCGCAGACCAAGUUCUACAUCGAGUUCCACUCCAGUUGCUUGGAAACUUUCGUAAAAAGCCAGGAAGGAGAAAAUGAGGAUGGGAACGAAGGGGAACUUGUGGUAAAGUUCAUUGAUGCUCUUCCAAAGCUGACUCCGAUUAUUUCAGACCCAGAAUACCUCCUGGAUCAACACAUCCUGAUCAGCAUCAAGUCAUCAGACAGUGAUGAAUCUUAUGGGGAAGGCUGCAUUGCCCUGCGAAUAGAAGCCACAGAAUCCUUAGUUCCUAUCCAUGCUGUGCUCACACACCAUGGUGAGAAAACUGGCGUCUUCCAAGGCGAAAUCAAGUUACAGACAUCACAAGGAAAGCAGAGAGAGAAACUGUAUGACUUUGUCAAGAUUGAACGUGAUGAAAAUGCUGGACAGAAACCAAAGAACGUCAGUAAUUUAGACCCUAACAAGGACUGGGACCAGACUAACAGAAAAUCCAAACCUACUCGUCUGAUGGCCAAAGAGGCGGCUGCCAUUGCUCGCUACUGGGGGAGUGCUUCCUCUUCUCCAGACGCCCCGGGAAAGGAGGAUAUGUUUUGCUCCACUCCCACAGACAUCAGCAACGCCAACUACAUGGGAAUGGUUGCUGUUCCUCAGCCACCCUCUGCUAUGAGCCAGCUGAAGCAGAUACCCUCGCCAGAGCAGCCGUCUUCUCUCUGGAGCUACGAGCAGCAGCCCAAAGAGAAUGUGUCCGGGAUGGGGCAGAGAGAGGCGUCCACCACAUCGCCCUCUUUGGCACCUCUAUCUCCAAAAACCUCCCUCCAGCCUACAGGGAACCGGAGCAUUUGCAGUAGGAGUCAAGAGCAUCUGCCACCUGAGCUGGGGAGAAACGCAGCAGAGCCUCUGCUUCAGGAGGAGGGACAGCAGAAGCCCGAGAUGUUCGAGAACCCCCUCUACGGCUCCAUGGGCUCCAAGGGGAAGGCGGCGUUGAAGAAGGAGCCCGACUACGCCAAGGCCUCGCGGAAGGAGCAGCCCCUGCCGCACGAUCAGAGCUUUCAUCUCGCCAAGCUCCAAGAGCUGGAGAGCGCCAAGGGCCCCGGCAAACAGCCAGCGCCGCCCUUCCUGGUGCCCACGCCGCGAUUCCGCUCCUACACCUGCUCCGGCCAAACCGAGGAGAAAACCACGGCGGAAAAGACUCAAGGCAAACCGAAGGUGGCGGCGUUCACGGAAAACGCGUCGCCACUCAAAAAAAUGGUCAAGCCAUCGCGGUGUGAAGCGAGCUCGAGCGGCCAGGGACAAUCCAGCAAGCCGCCCCUGCCCUCCAAGAGCCGGGCCGUGCUGGACAUGCAGAGCUCCAAGGGCCGGGACUAUCGGGACAGUUCGGAGCUCCCUCAUUCCGGGAAGCAUCGCACGGAAGAGGGGCCGCUUGGCAGGACAACCACACCGUGAAAACAACAUAGCAGAUGGGAUGAAACCCUGGGAGAAAUCCUGAUGGGAAGAAAGAUGGAGAUUACUGCUUCAUUCACAUCGAUGUCCUCCGGUCUGGUGCUGGAAAGACUGGGAACAUU